GGCCAUUUUUCAGAAUUUGCGGGAUUCCGGUUUUUGGAAUUUGGAAAGGGUAACAACGCGUGGCUUGACAUAAUUUACAUUCGCCGGGAAAAUGGCUGACGUUUUAGACAUUGAAAAUCAAGAUGAAUUUGAAUUUGACGAGGACGGCGACCAAGGAGUCGCAAAAUUGAAGGAGAAGGCGAAGAAACGUAAAGGACGUGGAUUUGGCGGUGGACACGAGGCAAGAGAGGAAAUUAAAGGUUAUGAAGCAGUGGAUGUUGAUGCUGCUGAUGAUGAACCAGGCCCACAACGAUCUGUAGAAGGGUGGAUUUUAUUUGUUACUGGAGUAAACGAGGAAGCCCAGGAGGAAGAUAUUCAUGAUAAGUUUGCAGAGUUUGGCGAAAUUAAAAAUCUUCAUUUAAAUUUGGAUCGCCGUACUGGGUUUCUUAAGGGAUAUGCUUUGGUUGAAUAUGAAACUUUCAAGGAAGCACAAGCAGCAUUAGAGAAACUUAAUGACUCAGAAAUUUUAGGCCAAAAAAUUUCAGUGGACUGGUGUUUUGUCAAAGGACCUAAAAAGAACAAACGAGAACGGAGAAGGAGAUAAGGCAGUGCAAGGGCUUCGUUUUGAGUUACCACAUUACAAAGGACUGCGUCGUCUGAUUUUCUCCUCGUCAAUCACCCUUUUUGUAUUCUGCGUUGCGCGAAUAUUGGAAAUAAAAAAAACAUCAUUCGCAUUUAA